AUGCGCAGGUAUUUGCGUUUCCCCCUGAGGUCAGUUUUGCCCUCACGGAGAAGGCGCCAGAAUGCGCUCUGCUUCUUCGAACGUUUCUGUGGCGAAAAACACGGAGAGAAUGCGCCUGCAUCAAAUCUGCUUGGGGCUGUGGCUAGAGAGACGCCGUCAGCGCAACUGGAUGCGUACGAACAGCUCAAGAAACAGAUUCGAGGGCUAUCCGAGGCCGAUCAACGGCUCAUCCUUGACGCAAUACAACACCCUGAGCAACAGCCAAGCUCAAAAAUGGGUGGUGCUGGCAUCGGCACGAAGUCUGGAGAUAUGGUGGCGGCUUUUACUUGUGGGCGUUGUGAGCAUCGCACGGUGAAGAGGUUCAGCAAACAUGCCUACACAAAGGGUAUUGUUAUUGUCGAAUGCCCCUCCUGCGAGGUUCGACACCUCCUGGCCGACAACCUGGGCUGGUUUGUAGAUGAGGCGAAGAACAUUGAGGAUUUGUUGCGAGAAAAGGGAGAAGCCUUUGUGCGAAUUGGGAACGAUUACCAAGUUGAACCGCCUGCAGGUGAUGAGAGUUGGGACGCGAAAAAGUGA